AUGAACUACCUACAUUUUCCUGAAUCUUUAUGUACGGAAUUACAAACAAAAUUUUUUCAACAAAGAUGUGAAUUAGGAGGAAUUGGUCGGCGAAAUAUGAACCGAAGGCUAAAUAUUAAUAUACCUGAGAACAAUACAUUUUUGUUACCGCGAGAUAUAUUGACAGCUGCAGAUCAUUUGAUUCGAAUGAAAUUUGGAAUGGGUACACUUGACGAUAUGAAUCAUUUGAAAAAUAAACGUAUUCGUUCCGUAGCAGAUCUCUUACAAGAUCAAUUUGGAUUGGCUCUCGUUCGUUUAGAACAUAUAAUUAGAGGAACUAUAUGUGGAGCAAUUAGAUCUAAAUUGAGACCGACUCCUCAGAAUUUAGUGACUUCAACGCCAUUAACAACCACUUAUGAAUCUUUUUUUGGAUUACAUCCAUUAUCUCAAGUUUUAGAUCUAACCAAUCCAUUGACCCAAAUAGUUCAUGGAAGGAAAUUGAGUUCUUUGGGUCCUGGAGGAUUGACGGGGCGAACUGCUAGUUUUCGGAUGCGGGAUAUCCAUCCUAGUCACUAUGGACGCCGUUAG